AUUCGUCAUGCUUGUUUUAGUAUUGGGAGAUUUACACAUUCCACACAGAUGUAGUAGCCUUCCAAGUAGAUUUAAAAAAUUGUUAGUGCCAGGUAGAAUACAACAUAUUUUAUGUACUGGUAAUCUUUGUACAAAAGAAUCAUAUGAUUACUUGAAAACAUUAGCUAGUGAUGUACAUGUCGUUAGAGGAGAUUUUGAUGAGAAUUUAAACUAUCCAGAACAAAAAGUAGUCACUGUUGGUCAAUUUAGAAUAGGGUUGUCACAUGGACAUCAAGUGGUACCUUGGGGAGAUCCAGAAUCAUUAGCUUUAAUUCAAAGACAAUUAGAUGUUGAUAUUUUGAUAUCAGGUCAUACACAUAAAUUUGAAGCAUAUGAGCAUGAAAAUAAAUUUUAUAUUAAUCCUGGUUCAGCCACGGGAGCAUAUAAUCCUCUUGACACAUCAGUUAUCCCAUCAUUUGUUCUUAUGGAUAUUCAAAGUUCAACAGUUGUAACUUAUGUCUAUCAACUUGUGGGUGAUGAUGUAAAAGUUGAAAGAAUUGAAUAUAAAAAGAAUUGA